AUUAAAAUUCUCAAGAGACCAGUGCCUGCUACUAUUCUUAAACUGGUAAGCACCCACCGUUUGUUGCCCCCAUCCUUGUAGGAUUGCUCUGUGUUAAGCUGACAAUUUGACAUAGUCAAGAGUUUGGGUUUCUGGAUUGUGAAAUUUAGGCUUUGAGGAAUUGGGGAAAUGAGAUUUUGAGGAAGAUUAGGGUUCUUGAUUCUUGAAGACUAGAGGGCCAUGGAUAGGGGACCAUAUGAGGCCACAUCCCAAUUUAACUUUGAGGGUGAAUAUGAACAUUAUGAUCUUAGGGAUCAAAUGCUUAAAUGGAUUAAUCAGAUGUUAAUGGAAGAUAAUGUGGAAGAGAAGGCCUAUAUGUCUCGACAGUCUGCUGCCCUUAAAGAUGCAGAAAGAUCAUUUUACGAGCUUAUUGGGGAGGAGUACCCGCCAUCCCCGAAUCUUCACAGAGUUCCUGAUUUGGAUCGAAAUGAAAACUAUGGUGGUAGUAGUUAUUAUGGAUUGGGAGACAAUGGUAACGAUGAUUCAUUAUGUCCUAACUGGGUUCCCAAUCCCCGGGAGCAUCAAACUACUAGUGACCAUGUUCCUGUCAAUGUUGCUUCGAGUACUACUUCUCAGUCAUCCUCAUUGCUUGGCCAGGGCACCGUAAAUGAUGGGACUGUGGACUUUGUUGCGAGUACAAUUACAAUUCCUGAUAUAUCCAAUUUUACUGAAUCUGUUGAGAAAGGGAUUAGGGAAGGGAGUUCGUUCCUUCCUACUCGCAAUAGCUUGCUCGUUGAUGGAGUUGGGGCGGAGAAGAAUACCGGGAGUCAGGACUUGCUUGAAGGGCGAAGAGGAAAGAAAAAUAUGUGUCGUGACGAUAUGCAUUUGCCCGAAGGGAGAUUUUACAAGCAAUCAGCAAUUUAUGCUGAACCAAGCAUUAAACAAGAAGAGUUUGACGAGGUGUUAUUAUGCAGUGAAGAGGACGAAUCCAAUCUUUGUCAUUCCUUGCGGAAUGUUUCGUGUGAAAGUGCAACGGGCAAUGAUGAUUCGAAGGGUUCUAAUAGGAAGAAAUCGAGUGGAAAGAAACCGGGGUCUAAUCAAGCUGUGGUAGACUUGCGAUCUCUCUUGAUGCUUUGUGCACAAGCUGUAGCCGUUGAGGACAUAAGGACUGCCAACGAUUAUUUGAAGCGUAUCAGACAACAUUCGUCUCAAACCGGAGACGAUAUGCAGAGGUUGGCGCAUUAUUUUGCUGACGCUCUCGAGGCAAGGAUAGCGGGAUCUGGGACGAGAAUACAUAAAGCACUGGUGAAAUAUCCUAGGUAUGCUGCUAGGGCCUUGAAAGCUUUCAAGCUCUAUCUUUCUUGUUGUCCAUUUAGGAAGAUCUCGAAUAUGUUCUCGAAUAAGACCAUCACAACUCUAGCCCAGAACACUUCAUCACUGCACAUUAUCGAUUUUGGGAUUGGUACUCUUUUUGGCUUUCAAUGGCCUUGCUUAAUACAACAUCUCUCGUCUAGGCCCGGUGGACCUCCCAAGCUUCGUAUAACCGGGAUUGAUUUUCCACAGUCAGGUUUCCGCCCAGCAGAGAGGGCUGAGGGGACAGGGCGACUUUUAGCUUAUUAUGCUGAGAAGUUCAAUGUCCCAUUCGAGUUUAAUGCUAUAGCAAAGCAGUGGGAAACAAUUACAGUCGAGGAUCUGAAGAUCAUCGAGGGCGAGGUGCUUGCUGUGAACUGUCUAUAUCGACUUAGGAACCUUCUCGAUGAAACAGUGGUUGUAAACAGCCUCAAUCCGAGGGAUACUGUUCUGAAACUAAUUCACGAUGUCCGUCCAGAUGUUUUCAUACACGGGAUUCUCAACAGUGCUUGUAACGCCCCCUUCUUUACAUCAAGAUUUCGGGUAGCUCUUUCUCAUUACUCCACUGUGUUUGAUAUGCUUGAGGCCACUAUCCCCCGCGAAGUUCCUGAGAGGAUGCUGAUCGAGAGCUACAUAUUUGGUCAGCAAGCCAUGAACGCGAUUGCAUGUGAAGACACUGAGAGGAUCGAGAGGCCAGAAUCAUACAAGAAGUGGCAGGCCAGGAACACGAGGGCUGGAUUUCUUCAGCUUCCUUUGAACCGGGAGAUCGUGAAGAUGUCGAUGCAUAUGUUGAAGCGGUACCACAAGGAGUUCGUGAUCGAUGAAGAUGGACACUGGCUGCUUCUGGGAUGGAAGGGACGCGCCAUAUUCGCGCUUUCAUCGUGGAAACCAGCUUAGUUAAUUGACUUAGUUCGGAUUGCUCAUCCUUGCAGACUUAACUCUCCUUCUUGGCUUCUAAUCCCCUUGUUUCUGACGAGGGAAAUCCGCAGUUACUACGGGAGUGCGUACUGGGUAAACCCCGCCUUGUGAUGCUUUUACUGAAUUCAUGGCGAGUUCUCGAAUGAAUCUUCCUGGUAGACAAUAUUAAAAUUUGCUAAUGGCUUUGACAUCCAUGUUCCUGUUGUUCUUAACUAGAUUUGAUGUCUGAGUGAACCUUAAAACUGGUUUUUUCUCCUCAACAUUUCAGGAGAUUGUAAAUGCAGCUAUUGUGAGUGGAAAGCAUUCUUAUUGUGUCAUUGUGAAUGCAGCCACUGCAAUUGUAUCUAUAUCUCAUAAAUGAGACUAAUUAAGUUGAGUAAACUUGAAUACACUGAUACAGUAAUUAACAUAA